ACUCGAUUCGACGCGAUUCGUCGUAUAGGAGCAACUCGUGAUCGAUUACGAUUUGAAUCGGUCCAAGGAACGAUCGAUUGUCGGAAUCAUUGAUUUUCUUUGAGAAAUCGUCUUGAUCCCAUCGUGGUAGUUGGCGUUCUCCGAGUGCAGACACGUUAUUCGAGUGGAUGCUCGCUAAUUUCGAGGAAAUGGAAGGCACGGGGAUGAUUAAUGACGCGGCUGUCCGCCAGGAGAGCAGGAAGCUGUGGCAAUACCUUGCUUCUAUUUCCGCUUGUUUUUUGGUGGUUGGAGUCGGUUCAGCCUUGGCAUGGACUUCACCGGUGCUUCCUCAGCUCUACGCAGCCGAUUCAUGGUUGGUAAUCACUCAGGAAGAAGGUUCCUGGAUCAGCUCUUUACUCGCUGUUGGAGCCAUUUGUGGUGCUAUUCCAUCAGGAUCGAUGGCGGAUAAAAUGGGGCGGAAAAAAUCUCUUCUUUUGCUGGCCGUUCCAUUCCUCUUGUCGUGGGGAAUUAUUCUGGUUGCAACGCAAGUCAAGCUUCUCUAUAUCGCCAGAUUCUUGGUUGGUCUUGGUGUUGGAGCAGGAUGCGUCCUUGGUCCCACGUACAUCUCCGAAAUCGCCGAAGUCUCGACCAGGGGAACCUUGGGUGCGCUCUUCCAAUUGUUCCUCACCGUUGGAAUUUUUGUCUCUUUUAUUCUCGGAAGCGUUCUUAAUUAUACUUUAUUCGCCCUUGUAUGCGUCCUCAUCAUUCUCCUCUUCUUGAUUACCUUCUAUUGGAUGCCCGAAUCUCCCGUCUGGUUGGUGGGUCAAAACAGAAAGCAAGAUGCCACUGUGGCGUUGUCGGCGUUAAGAGGAAAAGAUUACGAUCCUAAACAGGAACUGAACGAAUUGCAAAUGGCGGCGGACGCGAGUUCCGGCCGGAAGCCCAACAUCUUUGAAAUGGCAAAAAUUCCGGUCAACCAGAAGGCCAUGAUCGCAUCCUUCGGAAUGAUGUUUUUCCAACAAGCUUCCGGAGUGAACGCCGUGAUCUUUUAUACCGUGAUGAUCUUCAAAGCAUCCGGAAGUUCAAUGCCACCGGAACUGGCGUCUAUCUUCGUUGCACUGGUUCAGUUGGUAAUGUCAGGUGUCGCGGCGUUGAUUGUUGAUCGAGCAGGAAGGAAGCCGCUGCUCAUGAUUUCCACCGGUGUUAUGUCAGUCAGUUUGAUCGCGCUUGGAUAUUACUUCAAGCAGAAAGAUAGCGGAAAUGAUGUCACUUCGCUUGGCUGGUUACCAUUGACUUCCUUGAUCGUCUUUAUGAUCGCCUUUUCCAUUGGAUUGGGUCCAGUGCCAUGGAUGUUAAUGGGUGAACUGUUCUCCGCUGAAACGAAAGCAGUCGCCUCCAGUGUUGCGGUCAUGUUGAACUGGUUUAUGGUAUUCGUCGUGACUAAAAUGUUCCCCACGAUGAACGACGAGCUAGGAACAGAUAUGACCUUCUGGAUUUUCGCCGCGAUCAUGGCUGCUGCCACGAUAUUCACGCAUAUGCUAGUCCCAGAAACCAAAGGGAAAACUUAUCAGGAGAUUUACAAAGAACUUCAAGGCACUGUCGAUAUCCCCAUUUAAAUGAAAGCUUUAAAUGUCAUCGAUCAUGAUUUUAACGUUAGAAGGAUAUUUAACCUUUCUCCAUGUCUUCAUUUUUUUUUUUUUUUUUACAAUAUCAUCGCGAUAUCACAUCAUUCCAUUAUCAUUGAUCUUUUUUUACCGAUCGCCAACGACUGUGACCUACUUUCUUUUUAUUAUUCCAUCGAAAAAAGCGUAUCGACAAGAUUGCGAUAUGGAGAUUUAUUUCACGAAUUCUUGUUUUAAUUAUUUUACCGAUCGAAUGAUCGCUGUUGGAACAAACGAAAGAUGCUCCAGAUGUGUUCAAACGAAAUCCAUGUUUUUGUAAUUGUAAUUGUAAGUGUAAUCGAAUAUACUUUUGAUCACA